CCACCAUCCAAUCGUUAGGUUGCGCGAAGGCUGCAGUUUCAGUUUGUUUUAUUCACCAUUUUGAGUAGCUGAAGGUAAAAUUUAAACUAAAUACUUUCGUAGAGCAGGAGUAUUUCCCGCAUUGUUUAAUUUUUACCGCAGGGAGAGGGCGUUGGUUUUGCGACGUCACCUUUAGCCCUCUUGUGUUUUAAAAUACCACAUUUCGUCUGCAUUUUCCCUGCUUUUCUUUUGCUCUUUCACAAUUUUAACCUCUACAGUAUUCCUGCAAAAUGGCAAGACCAGUGAGGAACAGAAAGGUGGUGAAUUACUCCCAGUUCAACGAAUCUGACGAUGCAGAUGAGGACUAUGGGAGAGAAAAGGAAACAGCUAAGAAGAUACGUGCUCCACCUCGUGAAAUCAAGCACAAGAAGUCUAAGAAUUCGCAGGAAGACAGCGAGGAUUCAGAUGACAAACUCUCCAAAUCCAAAAAUGAUUCUGCAGAUGAUUUCGGAAGUGAUGAAGACAACGACUUUGGAGAGAAAGAGGAAGACGAAGAUGGAGGAAGUGACUACGAUGAUAAAAAAGCCAAAAAGGGAAAGAAAGGAAAGGUUGAGAAGCCAGGCAAAAAGUCACUGAAGAGGAAACGAGGUGGAGAUGACAGUGAUGAUGAUGAUAAAGAGGUGAGCAGGAAACCGAGGCAGGUGAGGCAGGCUGCGUCAAAGGCUGUGUCCAAACAGAGAGAAAUCCUUCUGGGAGACGGAGGCAGUGAGGAUGAGGAAAAGGAUGAGGAAGAGCAGGCAUACCUGGACCAAGAGUCAGGCAGUGAUGAAGACUUCAUGGUUGAUGAUGAUGAUGACAGCGACUAUGGGCACUCCAAAAAGAAAGGCAAAAAAGUAGUGCCGAAAGGAGGAAGGAGAGUGGAGAAGAAGGACAAGAAAUCCCCUAAACCCCGACUAAAGGCCACAGUGAACCCCAGCCCUAUGAAAGGCAAAGGGAAAGGUCGCCCGAGUGCGGCUAAAGCAGUGGAGAAAUCCUCGCCUAAAGACGACGAGGAACCCGAGAGCCCUCUUGAAGACGAGGAGGAAGAAGAGGUGGAGAAGAAGGAGUCUCCUCCAUCCAAAAAGACGAAGAACGAAGCCCCUGAAGACGAGGAAGAAGAGGAGGAAGAGGACGGCUCAGAAGAGGAGGCUCCAUCCGGGGAAGACUAGCCAUGUUACUAAUGUUGUCCCUUUCUUCUAUUUCCCUUUACACUCUUUCCUUUUUUGCUUUUUUUUGGGGGGUUUGUUUGCUUUUCAGAUUUUUUUUCAGUGUCUGUUGUGGCCUGGCUCAAUGGUUUGAACUUCUUUUUUUUUUUUUUUUUUUUUUUAAGCCUAUAAUUUCCAUAACGCGAAGGACAUUUUCCCACAACUUGUGAGCGUAUAUAUCUAUAUAUAUUAUUGAGUAAAAUGUGUCUGAGUCUGUUUAUUUAUGGGUAUAUAAUCUUGAGGGAAGCCCAUCGUUCCAACCAAGUAGCGUCGCUGCUCGCCCAGGGUAAUCACAUGACCGAAUUCUCCAAAAAUGCUUUUGCUCAUUCAUUUCCGUAACAUGUAUAAAGCGUAGCGUUCACUCUGCAUUGUUGCGACCGAUGGUCAUCAUUCAUGAAAUUAAUUGCUGCGUAAAAUGUUCGUAAAACCAUUCUUGCGUAAAGUAUCGCAACUAAGGGCCUCACUCAAAAACAAAAGUGUAACCGCAAUUGUUUACAAACUGUUACAGCCAAUUAGAUUGUGCUUGUAUUUAAUAAACGAGGACCAAAUUGUUGCGUUCAGUUUGUUCGCAAAACCGUAUUUGCAAAACUUACCACAAAAUACAGCAGUUUACCUACGAAUAGUUUUGCGAAGUUCUACAACAGUGUUUCCUGAAUGAGAUCCGAUGCGUUUGUUGUGUAGUGACUAUCUAGAAAGCCAUUCGUUAGAAAGUUUCGUAAUAGUUGACGGCGUUUGUUUUGAUACUAGCGGUCAGGGUCGUGCUUAUCCGAGGAUUCGUUUUGUAUUUAUUCAACAUGCGCUUGCAGCUCUUUACAUGUUGAUCAUCAGCUGAAGAUGGAGAAACUAAUGCUAUCUAAUGCUCAUGUUUUGAGAAUUUCUUUCGUCGUGGUACACACUUUAUCCAGGGUUUGCUAUUCAGUUUGUAGUUUUACCUUUUAAAUAAACUGUCUCGAUUUUUGUAGUUUAAACCAUAAUGCUGUUACUGUUUGAAUAGAACAUUCUGGGUUAAAAAUGUCAAGUUCUGUUUAUGAAAUCUGCAGAAUUUCCACCGAAAAUCUUCAAAGAUUUGUACCUCAGUUUGUUGUGCACUUAUAAUGGAAGGUUUGCUCCCUUGUAAGUGCAUUCUUUUUUAUUUUGAGAUGAUUUUGAAAUAUUUUCUGUGAUAAUCUGUUCUGCAGAUGCCAUCCAUGGAGCUAAGCUCAUUUUGAACCUGGAAUAUUUCUAGAUUCAUGCUCAUUUCACUCUGAACUCUAAUGUGCGUUUGUCGUUUUUUAAUUUUUUUUCUCGUCCACCAGAUCAUCUCGUAAAAAGGCUGCAGUACGAUUGCUUUCAUCUCUUUUCUCAAAAGAGGCGUGCAGCGAGUGUUCUGAGAUCGGGCCUUAAAACAGUUAAUUGCAUGAGAAAUGUGAAUCUGGAGUCUCGCUCACUGUUUCUGCCUUACAAAGCCUGUUAUUUUUUUUUGUUUGUUUCGAAAUAUUGUACCACAAAGCUAAAAGUUCAGAAACCGGGACUUGUACCCGUUUUUGUCUGAGAUUGUAUUGCUGUUGUUGAGGGAUCUCUUCAGCCGAGCAAAUAAUGUUUUAAAGAGUCAAAUGUUGUUUUUCUUCAGCCCUGGAUCAGAUGCGUUUGUGAUGUGACAGAGAGGUUUAUUUGCACUGUGAGGAUGGAGAAGAAUUGUACUAUUCAUACCUUAUGUGUGUUUGCUCAUUAAAUAUAUAUUUCUGUUGCUGCUUGUUUUUGAUUUCAGACACAUACGAUGUAUAUCCCAUGAUGCAUUUCAAGGGGCUUUUCUGUCUACAGCGCAUACAUGGCAUUCUGACUAGGUUCGAUCCUUUCUGCCAGGCAUCUCUGAAUAUUUCCCACUCGUGCUGUCUAUGAAUUGGUUUUUAACCUAGCUGUCCAAAAAUGUAUGAAUGUUUUGUUUUUUUGUGCUUGAUUUAAUUAAGUUUUUCUUUUUUCUUUUUUUUCCUUCCUCAGAUUUUUUUUUUGUAUUGUUUGUUUUUUUAAGAAAAGAAAUAAAAUGUAUCUUCAUUUUAAUGAGUAA